AAAACAGAAAGGAUAAGAACAGUUUCAGAGCCAAAGUUUAGAAGAACAACUCAAAUCCAAGAUUGUUAGGGUUUACCCCUCAAGAUUUAGACUCUGUUUCCUUUUUGUGAAUUGAGGGGAUGGGUGGCAAUGAGGGGACUAGCAAUGGUGAACGUAUGGAGUGCUCUGAGCAAAUUUUGAACUUUAAAAGAGAGUCAGUGAAUAAUGGAAUUGGCUGCGACAUUUUACAUGAUUUUGAUGACGGGGGCUCAGGAACCAGGGACGGUUUUCGAACUUAUAAGAGGCGGAGGCAGCUGAGGUCAAGUUUUGAGAGCAAAGUUCAAGAGGAUGGGAGAGCUUCUGUAGGAGCUGGUUGUCAAUCAACAGAACAGGUCCAUCUUCCUGCAAAAGAAUCUCAUGAUUCAUUGAAUGGUUCGAAUGAUUGUCUACAGAGACAGUGGAGAAAUGUCGUAUUGGAGCACAUGUAUCACUCACUAAGUGAUGAGGAGGGUGGUAUACAGCGUUGCAUUCGGGAUGCACUUGCAUUUCAUCCAGAAUUUUCUUUUACCAAGUUGGUUAAGGAAUCCAAUAUUUACAAUGCAGAUAGACAAAAAUGCUUUUCACACACUGGGCAGAUUCCUAAUGGAACUCAGCAUACAGCUGAAGUGAUGGAGGGUGCUAGAUCUAAUGGAUCUUUGAAAGAAUUAAGUAAAAGAUCUGUGACUGAGAUGUGUCAGCGUGUUUUCUUCAAUAUUAUAAUUUCCGAGAAGUUCACAUCUUUGUGUAAGCUACUAUUUGACAAUUUUCAAGGAAUUAAAGAGGACAGAAUUUUUCACUUAAGUCUUAUAAACUCAAGGAUGAAAGAGGGAGUGUAUGAAGAUUCACCUAUGCUCUUCUUAACAGAUAUACAACAGGUAUGGAGAAAGCUUCAGGAUAUUGGAACUGAAAUAAUAUCUCUCACAAAAGGCCUCUCAGACUUGUCAAGGGUUUGCUAUAGUGAACAGAUUGGAUGCUCAGCCCAUGAUAUUAUUGACGAGGAAAAACAUGAGUUUUAUACGAGAGAAUCAGAAUCACAUGCUAAACUGGAGCCAACUGAAGCCUGUGGUGCAUACAAAGUUAGCACUUGCAGGCAUUGUGGGGAGACAGCAGAUGGGAGGGAUUGUUUAGUUUGCGAUGCAUGUGAGGGAAUGUACCACGUUGCCUGUAUUAAGCCUGCUAUAAAGGAGAUUCCCCCAAAAAGUUGGUAUUGCAGUAGCUGCAUUGGUGACACUAUGGUAUCUCCCCAUGAGAACUGUGUUGUGUGUGAGAGGUUAAAUGCCCCCUUAAUUCUAGAUAAUCAUGUUGCUGACAAAAAUGAUAUGAGAAAUGGUGAGACACUUAAUGAACUUGAAGAAGAUUCAAACUGUAUCAUGGAUGAUGGAUUUCAAUCCUCAACUGAGGACUCGCGCCUCUGUAAAAUUUGCAAGUGUGAGGUCGAAAAAGGGGAGUACAGGAUGUGUGAGCAUAAUUUCUGUGAGAACAAGUAUUACCAUGCAAGGUGCUUGACAUCAAAGCAGUUAAAAGCCUAUGGGCCUCGUUGGUACUGCCCUUCCUGUCUGUGUGGAGCUUGCCUGGUUGACAAAGAUGAUGACAAGAUUGUUCUAUGUGAUGGCUGUGAUCAUGCAUACCACCUUUACUGCAUGACACCUCCACGUGAUUCAAUUCCAGAAGGAAAAUGGUUUUGCAGCAGAUGUGAGGCUGGUCUAGAGCGUAUACGCAAAGCAAAAAGAGCAUAUCAGAUUUUAGAAAAUAAAUGCAAAUCAAAAGGCAGAGAGGGAAAAAUGGCAUUUGAAGAUCUGGAAAGGGAAUCAGAUAAAGGUAGAGGUGGAAUGGACAUGCUUCUAAAUGCGGCCAACACUCUAAAUUAUGAAGAGAAGUUGGCUGCUGCUCAGACGAAGAGUUAAAAGAGAUUCUGCUAUUUGGAAGAUGACAAGAUUCAAAAUUUAUGGGUUUUCAUUACUCCAUUUGAUGUUGAUUUUAUACGUGUAUCUCCAAGGAACAAGACUUUAUUUGCAGCGCAUUUUUGCAUUUUGUUCAGGUCAGAGGAAUUAUUUUGGUAGGUAGUAGGUUUCAUUCGAUCUGGAUACAUUCUUCAGAGCAAAACAUGAAUCUAGAGAGCUGUAUAUUGUAGUUUGAUCUCCCCUUUAACCUUGGGACCAGAAACAGGUUCGGUGGAAACAAUCCUUCCAACAGGGAGUGCUACUUAAAUCUGUUGCUUGAUUUGUACCAUGAAUGAAAGUAAAAGGGUCUGAGAAGCCAAUGUUUCUUGGCAAGAUUGUUGUAUAAUAGAGAACUCCUAACAGGAAAGAGCUGUAUUUUUCU